AUGACGACGACCCCGGCCGCUCUGUAUUCCUGUUCGAUCCUCUCAGCUAAUCAUAGACUUGAUCGCUUCGGCCCAAUCUCUCUGCCGUACUAUGUCCGCAGCGUCUCCGCCGCCUCUGUUUCCCUCUCUGUCUCAGUGUCUCGGCGUUCUGUUUUUAAUGACUGCUGCGCAAGUGAUGGCGUGUGGUAUGAUGUGGUUUGGGAAUGCUCGCGUUCCCCAAACAACCAGGCCUAUCGCUGCAAAUGGGGUAGUCUCACCUCCCUCCUGCGAAUUCUACCUGGACCUUCUCCUUCUUUUUGUCAUCUGAUGAAACCCGUAUCCGUCCUAAUUUGUGUUAGCGCCGCUCGCCAUCUUUGCCAAAUGGAGCGACGAGCUCCCCCUCUCACCUUCGCUGACCAGACGAAGCAGCCAAACCUAGCAGCAGCAGCCACAAGUAAAGCCAUCAGCUCCCAGUCUUGUUGCCGACUUCAGCAGCAGCAGCUUGCCGACCCAACUUCAGUCUCAGCAGCAUCAGCAGCGGGCCGACCCAACUUCAGUAGCAGCAGCAGCUACAUGAUAUGCGAUAAACUGCGUUCUUACACGACUGUCAUACCUAGGACGAACAGACUACAGCAGUGCCGUCCGUGUCGACCCUCUCUCUUCUUAAGCGCCGACGUGCUCUUUACAAAAGGGCUGACAUACGGGGAUCGACUGGACCUCGAUCACCGCUGUUCCAUCCGCCUACCUCCGAGCUGUCCCCUUGAAACCUGGAAAAGCUCCUUCAACUGA